CAAAUAAACUACCUAUAAUACUAAACCAAACACAAAUCAGAAAUUGCAAACAGCACUCUAUGCAAAAUCUGUGCUUCCCCUGUAACAGUUCCAUUGUAAUGUAUUGCAGCAGGGCACAGUCACCAGAUAUCAACACCACCUGGGUGCACUCCAGUCCCGAGUAUGCCUUCAGCAUAGUUAGCUGUGUAAAGAAUUCCCAUCUCUACACAAAGAAAAGGACUCCUCUUGCCAUCAGAAGAGUUUUGUGACUAGCACUGUAGCUGACUAUACUACAUGGACUCUGAGAAGCAGAGGUGCUUGUAAGUAGAUCCUCAACUCAUGCGCAAGGUCCAAAAAGAAGCCCCUUUCUUCAAUGUUUGCUUGUUGUUUCAAUGUCUAGAUUUGUUGCAAGUUUUAUUUAAUUGUCUUGACCAAAUACUAGUAGUGUCUGUAUGUGACUUGCAAGCUUAUUUUGCAGCAGUUGCUGCUUACUUUGAACUCAAGUAAUAAAGAGAAUAUGUAUAAUUUCCAUAGCUUCUUACAUAUUCUGGGCACUUUACAAACAGUAAUGAAGACUCCGAGGCGGUUCUGAGAGGGCAAGAGACAAGGAUAGUAAUUGUGAUUGUGUACGCUUGUUUCUGUUUCUGGCAGCGGAAGGACGUGGCUUUAAAGCCGCAGCAAAGCAGUGACUGGUGACUGAGGCUGCAUCCACCAGGAAGAUGCUGAACAAAACAGUGAAUAAUGCAUUGGAAGAAGUCCUGUGCCCCCUAGAAGGGAGCUAUAAGCACAUCUUACUCCCCUUUGCAUACAGCGUUGUGUUUGUGCUGGGGCUUCUCCUAAAUGGUGCUAUGCUGUGGCUGGGCUGCUGCCACACCAAGGAAUGGACGUGCACCACUAUCUACCUGGUGAACCUGGCUGGGGCUGAUCUGCUCUACAUCUUCUCUCUGCUCCUGCUCAUCAUCAAUUAUGCCAUGGAGGACAUCUGGCUCUUUGGAGAGCUGCUCUGCAAAAUGGUACGUUUCUUAUUUUACAACUAUCUGUAUGGCAGCAUCUUGCUGCUGACUUGCAUAAGUGUUCACCGCUUUCUGGGGAUUUGCUACCCCAUCCGGUCACUGGCUUAUAAGACCAGAAGACUAGCUGUCAUUGGCACUGCUAUAUCCUGGAUACUGGUACUCCAACUCUUGCCCAGCUUGAUCUAUGCUCGCACUGGCUUCAUCAAUAACCGUACGGUCUGCUAUGAUCUGACUAGCCCUGAUCAUUUCAGCAACUAUUACCUCUAUGGUAUGGUUCUAACCAUGUCUGGUUUCCUCUGUCCUUUUCUUAUCAUCUUAAUCUGCUACUGUUUGAUCAUCAGAAGCUUGAUUCAAAGCACUGGUAAUACCAUCCUCACAAGCAGCGCUGCCCGGGCUAAAUCAAUCUGGACCAUCCUACUAGUCUGUGGGCUUUUUGCAGUUUGCUUAGUUCCUUUCCAUAUCACUCGUACCAUCUACCUUUACGUCCGGGUCCAUUGGAAAGCUGACUGCCAUCUCUUACAAGGAGCUACCCUAUUUUACAAGAUUUGGAGGCCGCUGGUGGGCCUUAACAGUUGCUUUUCCCCACCAUUGUAUUUUCUUUCUGGCCAAACCAACACAAUCAGACAGAUUCUGGAAUGGAGACUGCAUAAAGUGGAUCCCCUUCCUAGGCCUACAGUGAAGGGUAAGGAGUCAGUGGCACCCAGGGGGACUCCUCCCCAUGCUGUGGAAUGA